CAGCCUGACUUCUGUCUUCUGUUUACCGUACUGACCCCAGAGGAGCGUUAUCUUUCAAGACGACAUCUCUCUCUGUUUCCUGCAGAUGAGAGGAGCAGCUAUGAGUUUAACUGCAGCAGCGAGGGGAUUUGUUUUCUUCCUUCUCUCUGUGCCAGUGAUACAGGGUCAGGAUGACUGGGGGGUAACUUACACCUCUACUCAGAUCUGUGCCUUACGAGGAUCAACUGUGGAAAUGCCGUGCACCUACAGAUACCCAUCCACAAUGAGUCAUCAAACUACUGAGGUGGUAAAAAGAUUCUGGUUUACUAAAGGGAGUAAUAAAGCACCUGUAGAUCUGAAAACAGAUUCAGACUACACAGGUCGUGUGGAGUAUCACUGUGAUGAGAAGAGCUGCAUUCUGAGUAUCUCAGACCUGAGAGAGAGAGACUCUGUUGAGUACAAGUUCAAGUUCAUAACAAACCAUGAUGGUUUCACUGGUUCACCUGGAGUCACUUUGUCUGUUACAGUUCCAGACCUCCAGGUGCAGGUGACAAGAUCAUGGACCCAGGGAGAGCUGAGGUGUCACAGCAGCUGUAAUGUACCUGAUAAUCCUUCAUAUGUCUGGUUCAAUAAUGGACAGAAAAUGGAUGGAGAAACAUCAUCUUCUCUCAGAGUCUCUGUUGAAGAUAACAACAGCUAUUCCUGUGCUGUUACAGGAUAUGAAGAUUACCGCUCUCCUCCAGUGUAUGGUCCAAAGCUUCCCUCUGUGUCAGUGAGUCCCUCUGCUGAGAUAGUGGAGGGCAGUUCAGUGACUCUGACCUGUAGCAGUGAUGCUAACCCAGCAGCUAAAUACACCUGGUACAAGGAGAAUGUACACUUCAAACCUCUCAGUGAAGGACCACAGCUCGUCUUCAGCUCCAUCCAGUCCUCUGACUCUGGACAGUACUACUGUACAGCUGAGAACGAGCUGGGGACGAAGAUGUCUCAAUACAAAUUUAUUGAUGUGAAAUAUGCUCCAAAGGUUGUUCUCCUGUCUCUGACUCCCACUGGGGAUAUCAGAGAGAACAGUAGAGUGACUCUGACCUGUAGCAGUGAUGCUAACCCAGCAGCUACUUAUACCUGGUACAAGAAUGGUAAACCUCUCAAUAAAAAUGCACAGAUUGUAUUCAGCUCCAUCCAGUCCUCUGACUCUGGACAGUAUUACUGUAAAGCUGAGAACAAGUUGGGGAGGAGGACAUCUAGAUCCAUCUCUAUUGAUGUGAAAUAUGCUCCAAAGCUUCCCUCUGUGUCAGUGAGUCCCUCUGCUGAGAUAGUGGAGGGCAGUUCAGUGACUCUGACCUGUAGCAGUGAUGCUAACCCAGCAGCUAACUACACCUGGUACAAGGAGAAUGAAGACUCACCAAAAGCAUCAGGACAGAUCUUCACCAUCACUGACUUCAGAGCUGAACACAGUGGGAAUUAUUACUGUGAAGCCCAGAACAGAAGAGGACGUCAGAACUCCACCUUACAUCUGAUUGUUGUAGCAGAUACAUCAACAAUAACACUGAUAACAAACAGCAUCAGGUUGACUCUGGUGGGGGUGGGGGGGCUGAUUCCUCUGCUUCUUUGUUGUCGGUGGAUGAGGAAGAAGAAAGCUCUGAGCUCCACCACUGAACCAGAUGAACCCAAAGAGACUGUGGAGUUUGACUCUUGUCCUGAGUAUGAGGACAUCUCAGAGACUGCAGCACAGACAGAAGACCCAGAGGAGCAGGAAGACCUGGUGUGAAGGUCAGACAGCUUUGAGUCUGCUGCAUGGGGGGG